AAAACUACUUAUAUUACCUUGUUCCAAGUUCCAACCCAAACAACUCCUUCACUCCUAAACUUAAAUCUCUCUCACACCCCCCACGAAGAAGACUUGGAUCCUCAGUUGAAGCUCAAAUGAUUUAAAUUUAAACCUUAACUAAAGAUGUUUCUUACAAGGACUGAAUAUGAUAGAGGUGUGAAUACUUUCUCACCUGAAGGUAGAUUGUUUCAGGUUGAGUAUGCUAUUGAAGCUAUUAAGCUUGGAUCAACUGCGAUAGGCUUGAAAACUAAAGAAGGUGUAGUGCUUGCUGUUGAGAAGCGUAUCACUUCCCCAUUGCUGGAGCCAAGUAGUGUAGAGAAAAUUAUGGAAAUCGAUGAGCAUAUAGGUUGUGCAAUGAGUGGACUAAUUGCUGAUGCUCGUACACUUGUUGAACAUGCACGAGUUGAAACUCAGAAUCACAAGUUCUCAUAUGGGGAGCCUAUGACUGUUGAAUCCACAACACAAGCUUUAUGUGAUCUUGCCCUACGAUUUGGUGAAGGCGAAGAAGAGUCCAUGUCUCGGCCUUUUGGUGUAUCACUUCUCAUUGCUGGUCAUGACGAAAAUGGGCCAAGCCUAUACUACACAGACCCGUCUGGCACAUUUUGGCAGUGUAAUGCAAAAGCAAUAGGAUCAGGUUCUGAGGGAGCAGACAGCUCUUUGCAGGAGCAGUUCAACAAGGAGAUGAGACUCCAAGAAGCCGAAACAGUUGCUCUUUCGAUCUUGAAGCAAGUGAUGGAAGAGAAGGUGACUCCCAACAAUGUUGACAUUGCAAAGGUUGCUCCAAAGUACCAUUUGUAUUCUCCUUCUGAGGUGGAGGCUGUCAUCGCUCGUUUAUAGAAAGAAAACCCUUAAUCAUUCUCUUCGGCAAGGUUUUCCUGUCUUUACUUCCCACCGCCUUCAAGGGAUGACUUCGUUAGGAGAUAAACUUUGGUAUUCUUUUAAAUUACUUUGGUAUUCUUGAUCAUGAGUGUCAGAUUUUACAAUCACUUGGUUGACAUGAAAACAUUGGAAGUUAAGAUUCCCAAAUGAAAAGUUAUGAUGCUUAUGAUGGUUGUUCU